AUGAGCAACGACACUGAGAACCAGCCUGCUUUCGGCCAGAUUUGUUGGCUCGAAAUCGCUGUGUAUGAUAUUAAACGAGCCUCGAAACUAUAUUCUGAGGUUUUCGGCUGGAAGAUCAAUGAAGAUGCAAUGGCUAUGGGCCACCAUGGCAUCGAAGCCAUGCAUAUGUUUGAGUCCCCCGGGAAGAAGCUGAGUGGCGGGUUUCUCGUCAUGCAGGAAGGCUAUCAGAUGACCCGAUAUGGAAGCCUUGAGAAGGAGGUUCUCCCUCCCCUGCCCACGUUUUGUGUCAAGGACUGUGACGAAACCUUGAAGCAAGUAGAGGGCCUAGGUGGUAGCACACAGUGCCCCAAGACGGCAAUCGGCGGUGAUAUGGGCCAUUAUGCUCGGUUUAAUGACUCGGAGGGAAACAUUAUUGGUAUCUGGUCGCAGGAAUGA